AUGGUCAAGUCAUAUCAAAGAUAUGAACUCGGCAAAUCAUUUGGAGUGAUCAGUUCAGAUAGCAAUAUUGUGUAUCUUCCUCAAAAGAAAUCCACGGGAAAAGUCAUCACCGGUGGAUUGGAAGACAUUUUGGUAUGGGACAUUAAGACUGGUGAGCUCUCUCAGAAACUGCAUGAUGGAAUACCAAUUGGAGCAGCUGAUGCCUCUGUCAGUGGCGCUCCCAGCCAAGUUGUUAGACUGGAGUACCACCAUAAUAACAAUAUUGUUGCUGCUGGUUAUAGUGAUGGAAGUAUAAAGAUUUGGGAUCUCACAUCUGGAACUGUAGUAAUGAGUCUCCAAGGUCACAGGUCUGCCGUGACGAUUCUAGUAUUCGAUCGAAGCGGCACAAGACUUGUAAGUGGUUCCAGAGACUCUACUAUGAUUGUUUGGGAUCUGGUGGGAGAAACUGGUCUUUUCAAGUUGAAAGGCCACAAGAAUGAGAUCACUGGUCUCCUUCUACUUGAUGGAACAGAAGCCAAAGAUGACGAAGAAAUGGAAGAUUGGCUCGUUAGUGUCAGCAAGGAUGGUUUGAUAAAACUUUGGGAUUUAAAAGCACAGCAAUGUAUUGAAACACAUGUGGCUCAUAGCGGAGAAUGUUGGUCUUUGGGUAUCGAUAUUGAGCGCAGGAUAAUCAUUACCACUGGUACAGAGAACAAAUGUAAAGUCUGGACUCUUGAUUUGGAUGCUCCUAAUAAGGUUAGUGAAAGGGGAUUAUUUGAGAAAAAGAGCAAGCAAAGAGGUCUCACAACUUCGUUCAAGACCAUUAGAGGAAACAGCUUUUUCUUUAUUCAGAAUGCUGAUAGAACCGUGGAGAUUUUCCGAUUAAGAAGCGAUGCUGAAAUUCAAAAAGCUGUGACUAAGAGAACUAGGACAUUGAAAGAAAAAGGUUUGGAUGAGGAUGAAGUUGAAGAGAAUUUGAAGUCGGGUGACAUUAAUAGAUUGAUACAAAAUUUUGCCACAGUUAGAAGUAUGGCUAAAAUACGGAAUUGUACCUGGACUGAAAAAGCUGAUCUCUUGAUCUCUUUGAAUAAUAACAGUGUUGAGUACUAUACUGUUUCUCUGCCUGAAAAUGUUAAGAAGCACCAAUCCACUGAUAUGAUCUACAAAAAGGCCCACUCCGUGGAAGCCUUUGGCCAUCGUACUGAUAUUAGAUUUAUGGAUAUCAGCGAUGAUGGCAAAUUAUUGACUACGGCAUCCAAUGGACUGUUAAAGGUCUGGAAUGUCAAUUCUCUUAACUGCAUAAGAACUUUUGAAUGUGGAUACGGACUUGUUGUGAAAUUUUUACCUGGUGGGGCAUUAUUAGUGCUAGGAACUAGAGAAGGUAACCUGGAAUUAUAUGAUUUGGCAAGUUCUACUGUUUUGGACUCUAUCCAGGCACAUGAAGGUGCACUGUAUCAACUCGAUAUUACUCCCGAUGGUAAAUCAGUAAUCACUGGAGGUGCUGAUAAGCAAGUUAAAAAGUGGGAUAUCAAACUUGAAAUGGUUGAAGUUCUGGGAUCGAAAGAGAAAGUGGCUUCUAUGUCCUUGGUCAAUUCUAGAAACAUGGAAAUGAACGACGAGAUCUUAGCUGUCAAGGUUAGUCCUGAUCAGCAGCUUUUGGCUGUUUCUACCACAGACAACUGUGUCAGGGUUUUUUAUCUUGAUACGUUAAAAUUCUUCUUGAACCUUUAUGGCCACAAACUUCCUGUUCUCUCUAUAGACAUUUCUCAGGACAACAAAAUUAUCAUUACUUCUUCUGCCGAUAAGAACAUCAAGAUUUGGGGUUUGGACUUUGGAGACUGUCACAAAUCCAUUUUCGGGCACCAAGAUUCUAUCAUGAGUGUACGGUUUAUCAGCAAUACUCAUCAUUUUAUUACUACUUCUAAGGAUGGAAUGGUUAAGUACUGGGAUGGUGAUAAGUUUGAGUGUAUUCAAAAACUUGCAGCACAUCAGUCUGAAGUAUGGUGCAGCGCGGUUUCUUUGGAUGGUUCCUUUUUUGUCACUGCUUCUCAUGAUCAUAGUAUAAGAAUUUGGGAGGAAACCAACGAUGAGGUAUUCAUACAGGAGGAAAGAGAGAAGGAAAUGGACGAGCAAUACGAAGAAACCUUAUUGGCAUCUUUGGAAGAAGACGAGGAUUCCCUGGCCAAGAGAAAAGAGGAAAUCGAUGAAGUUACUGGAGUCACCAAACAAACAAUGGAAUCUCUGAAGGCUGGUGAAAAACUCAUGGAAGCAUUGGACUUGGGAACUAAAGAACUCGACGCUCAAGAAGAAUAUGAGCAGACUCUUGCUGCUUUCCAACUGAAGAAGACUUUGAACCAACCAAUAAAGCCUACUCCCAACACUAUCUUGGUCGUCAAGAAAAUGACUCCUGCUGAAUACGUUUUGAGUAUUGUACUUGCCAUCAAAGCCUCCCAAUUAGAAGAUGCGCUACUAGUCUUGCCCUUCUCAUACACAAUCAAGCUUUUCAGGUUUAUCCAGAUUUGGACUGAUUCAGAAAAUGGAUCAAAAAAUAUUGUCAACUUAUCUACCAUUUCAAGAUUGGUCUUCACUCUAGUUAGAAACAACUGUAAGGAGCUGAUUUCCCAAAAGGAAGAUAAGAUAAAUCAAUUGAUUAUUUCUGUUAGGGAUCAGUUAAGGAAGCAAUUGUCUCUGAGUGUCGACGACAUUGGAUACAAUGUCGAAGGACUUAAGUUCUUGAAAGCUCAGUGGAAGUUGGCUCAUUCUACAGAGUUCAUCGACGAAGAGGAACAAAAACGGUACGAGGAAAAGCAUGUCCAAAAAAGAGUGUACCAGACGGUAGAAUAA